AUGAUCACGACAGCGUUACGGAUCAGUAAACUGUUGCCUCGAGGUCGAGUUUAUCAGUUUGUUCAACGUGCGUUUAGUGCAAAUCUUGAUGAAGUCAAGUUUCAGGACUUGUCGGACAAUGAAUUCGACAGAAUCUCGGAGGAAACGCUACAAGGUUUAUGUGAAUACUUUGAUGAGCUACCAGAGAAAGUGUCUACAUCUUCUGACUACGAUGUAUCUUAUUCUAUGGGUGUGCUUACAGUGGCAUUAGGUCAACCAGGAACUUAUGUGAUAAACAAACAGUCUCCAAACAAGCAGAUUUGGCUGUCUUCACCGGUUUCUGGACCUCAAAGGUAAGGUAAUAUUGACGCUUUUUUAAGUUUGGUGUACUAAAUUUGGUUUUUGAGUUGAUGUUGAGUUGGAAAAGUGAAUUUGCACUAUUUCUAAUAUUUUUAUGUUUUUAGAUACGACUACGUUACCAAUCACAAGUGGUUCUACAAACGUCUGGGACUAUCAUUACAUGAACUUCUGGAAAAAGAAAUGUCACAAAUAUUUGGCCAAGAAACAUUGAACUUGAAGAAACUGGAAGAAAAGUCGUCUUGA